CUUUUAUAUAGAUUAUUGUAGAGAGUAUUAAAAUUAAUUUUAAUGUUAAUUUCAGUAAUAGAACAAAAUAAUGUCUGCAGUUUACACUCGAGUGAUUAUGUUACUGGAGAAAAGGGUUCCAGCAAAAAUGAUGCCAUUCUGGCAACAUCCAGCAGGUCCAAAAACAAUUCACUUCUGGGCACCUUUUUUUAAAUCAGGUUUAGUGAUUGCGGGUUUGUCAGACUUGAAACGUCCUGUUGAAAAGUUAAGCUUUUCUCAAUCAUUGUCGCUUGGUUUAACUGGUUGCAUCUGGAGCAGAUACUGCACUGUUAUUAUUCCCGUUAAUUGGUAUUUAUUUUCUGUGAAUCUAUUUCUUGGAGGUGUUGGUGCAACUCAGUGUUGUAGAGUUCUUUUGUAUCGACAAGAGUUAGAAAAGGAAGGAAAAGUUCUCCCGCCAUUGUUUUAAUAACUGUUUAAUUACUAGUACAAGACUAGCUCAACCGAAUUCUUAUGCAUAAUUAAAAUAUAACUUUUUUUAUAACAUUUUUAAAAAUAAAUUAGUUUGCAUUUUUUUUAUAAGUGAAAAUUUUUAAUAAUAGUUUAAUAAAUUGUAUUUACAUAAUUGUGUAAUGUUUUUAUACAAUGAGUUCUUUUUUUUAUGUUCGAUAUUUUAUUUAACAUUUAACUGAUCAGUCUGACUUUUAGCAUAAAAUUCUUCAUUUUUUCGCAGUAUAUUUAGGUUUUUUAAAGUUAUGAGUUUCUUAAUAAAAUCAUGUUUUAUGUCUUAUUUUUUGUUACUUUGAAAUAUUGUAAGAUAUAUUUUUAAAGUAUCAAGAAUAUUUGUAUUUA